GGUGCACGGCGGGGCGGCAGCGGCUCCGGGGACAUGGCCAGCACCGCGCUCGUGCCCUGGGCGCUGCUCUGGCUGCUGGCGGCGCUGGGUUCGGCCGCCCGGACGCGGACGCGCCGGGAGUUGUCGCCGGGUUUGUACGAGCACGGGGUGUUCGAUGCCGGCGGCUCCUACUGCCAACGCGGGGAUGUCUGCUGCCGCGGGCGCGACGACGGCUGCACCGUGCCCUACCUCGACACCAUCUGCUACUGCGACCUCUUCUGCAACCGCACCGUCUCCGAUUGCUGCCCCGACUUCUGGGAGUACUGCCUGGGCAUCCCGGCCCCGUUCCCUAAAGCUGCAGGCUGCGUUCGCUCCGGUCGCGCUUAUCCCAGCGGGGCCACGUACCGGGACAACUGCAACCUGUGCACCUGCGGCCCUGCAGGGCAGUGGCAGUGUGAGGAGCACGCCUGCCUCGUGGAUGGGGACCUCAUCGACGCCGUCAACAGGGGAAAUUACGGGUGGAGAGCAGCCAACUACAGCCAGUUUUGGGGCAUGACGCUGGAGGACGGGAUGCGCUACCGCCUGGGCACCUUCCGGCCGCCCCCCACCGUCAUGAACAUGAAUGAGAUGCACAUGGCCAUGGACUCCAACGAGGUGCUGCCCCGCCACUUUGAUGCGGCCACCAAAUGGCCUGGGAUGAUCCACGAGCCCCUGGACCAGGGCAACUGCGCCGGCUCCUGGGCCUUCUCCACGGCAGCCGUCGCCUCCGACCGCAUCUCCAUCCAUUCCAUGGGCCACAUGACGCCCUCCCUGUCGCCCCAAAACCUCCUGUCCUGUGACACACGCAACCAGCGGGGCUGCAGCGGGGGGCGGCUGGAUGGAGCCUGGUGGUACCUGCGCAGGAGGGGGGUGGUGACAGACGAGUGCUACCCCUUCACCAGUCAGGAGAGCCAGCCUGCUGCACAGCCCUGCAUGAUGCACAGCCGCUCCACGGGCCGGGGCAAGAGGCAGGCCACAGCACGCUGCCCCAACCCCCAGAGCCACGGCAAUGAGAUCUACCAGUCCACCCCUGCCUACCGCCUGGCCCCCAGUGAGAAGGAAAUCAUGAAGGAGCUGAUGGAGAACGGCCCUGUGCAAGCCAUCCUGGAGGUGCACGAGGAUUUUUUCCUGUACAAGAGUGGGAUCUAUCGGCACACACCAGUGGCUGAGGGGAAGGGGCCGAAGCACCAGCAGCAUGGCACGCACUCAGUGAAAAUCACAGGGUGGGGUGAGGAGCAGCUGCCCGACGGCCAGAUCCAAAAAUACUGGACCGCGGCCAACUCGUGGGGCAGAGCGUGGGGCGAGGACGGGCAUUUCCGCAUCGCCCGCGGCGUCAACGAGUGUGAGGUGGAGAGCUUCGUGGUGGGCGUGUGGGGCCGCGUCAGCGUGGAGGACAUGGUCCAUAAGUGAGCACAGACCCCGCGGAGCUUUCCUCGUCCCUGCCCUGCCCUGCAGCCCCCCCCGGCCCCAGCAGGGACACCCCGGGUCGGACCCCUCGUGCCGCCGGGCGCUGACGCAGCGGCCG